CCGUAACGCUUGUGUUACUCACGCGCCCAUCACCAACUUCACUGCUUUCAGUGCGUUUCACGGCAACGCUGAGAACAAUUCUGUCUUCUUCUCAUUGAUUGCCAUUGGCGUGUUCCACAGCUCGUUUCUGGGAAGUAUCUCGCACAUACUGGUAGCCUAGAUUGUGGAGUUGCGUGGAAAGUCGUGAGCUCUGCCGUCACAGACUCGGAAGCGGUCGCUCAAACAUGAGAGCCAUUAAAGGGGUGCUUUUAACUUGUGACUCCGCUGUUAAGCAAAUACUACUCACGAUGAACGAGAAGGAUCCUUUCGUUAUUGAGGAUUUAGAUGAUUAUCAUCUAGUUAUCAAGGCAGACGAGGAAUACAGAGUGAGGAGGGAGCUCGAAGCUGAGCAUAAGUACUUGCCCUGCUGUGGCCUUAGAUCCGUCUGUGACGCUGCCCAUAAUCUAUCGGAUUGGGCUCGACGUUACGGUGGUGCUUUACCGGUUAAGAUUUCCUCGAAUGAAAUACUCAAGGUAGACGAAAGGAAUUAUAUGACGGGCCUUAUCCGUGUUCCGAGAAAUUUACCCAACAGCUAUCUUCCCCAGGGAGUUUCAUUCAGUUGA